AUGGCAGCGGCGUGCCUGGCCAUUGCCUGCCUGCUGGCGACGCCCUGCACCGCGGCAGGCGGCCCCAAGCGGCUGCUGCUGCAGGCCCUUGUGCCGGCGGUGGCGCCCCUGCCACCGCCAGCGUCCGAGGCAGCCGCGCCCGCCACAGGCUCCUGCUGCCAGCAGCUUGCGGCCAUUGGCUUCUCCAGCAACCUGCCCAUUGUAGUGCUGGACACGGCGGGGAAGAAACUGGAGCAGAAGAAUGUGGAUGUGCCGCUCCAGCUCUGCACCUGCUCGCCAGCCAGCGCCAGCGCCACCAAGAAGAGCUUUGAUGUGAAGCUGCUCAAGGAGGGGGGCAAGAAGAACGCGACGGGCACCCAGAAGAACGAGUUUCCCUUCCUGGGCAUGCCCGCAGACAGCGACUGGGUGCUGUAUGGCGGCGAUGAGGUGGACCUGACCCAGGGCAUGAGGAACUGGCUGGCAUACAACCUGGGGCGCGCCUCUGGGCAGUACGCCCCGCGUACCGUGUGGUGCGAGGUGUUCCUGGUGGACGACGGCGCCCCCGCCCUGUCCCCCGCCCACUACCACGGCAUCUACAUCGGCCUGGAGAAGCUGAAGGUGGCGCCGCAGCGCGUGGCGGUGGCGCCGCUGGAGCCCCCCAACCUGAGCGGCGGCUACCUGUUCUCGUACGACAACGACAACCUGGAGGAGGGGGACGUGACGUUUGGGCCGCUGCAGGGCUGGCAGCACCCGUUUCAGAUGAAGGACCCCAAGAAGGCGGGCCCCGAGGCGCUGGCCUGGCUGACCGGCUACCUGCAGGCCUUCCAGGAUGCGCUGGAGGCGCCCGACUGGCUCAUCCGCUCCCCCAGCUACACCACCUUCAUCGACGGGCCCUCCUGGCUCGACUACUUCCUGCUGACCGAGCUGACCAAGAACCCAGACGGCUACCGCGGCUCUGUGUACCUUCACAAGGACCGAGACCAGCCACUGGCUGCGGGCCCCAUCUGGGACCUGAACGAGGCCUUUGGCCUGUGCUGCGGGUAUCCCAUCGAGGGCUGGGACAAGCAGGGCGGCUGGCGCUUCAUGAUCUGCGCCGACCCGGAGCGCUGCCGGGUGAACCCCACAGACGGCCUCAGCCGCUGGCGCAUGUGGCAGGACCCACGGUUCAGCUUCGGCGCCCGUGCCCGCUGGGCUGCGCUGCGCUCGGGGCCCUGGUCUGAUGCGGUCAUCACACAGAUGGUCGCUGACGUCAGCGCACUGAUCCGUCCCGCCGUGCUGCGCAACUUUGAUCGCUAUGCGGCGGUGCUGCUGAAGCCGUGGUACUCCAGCGCCGAGCAGGAGUGGACCACAGAGGUGGCCAACCUGCAGGACUGGCUGAGCAAGCACCUGGCCUGGAUGGAUGCCGCGUUUGCGCAGAGCGGGGCAGCGCCUACCACGCCAGCAGGGCGCCGCUAA